AUGAAAAGGGACUUUUAAUAAGCUCUGGUUUAGAAAUUAGGCAAGAGAAUACUAACAUCUGUUUAUAGUCUUAAUAUGUAUUGUUUUUUACAGCAAAAUUUGCAAAAAGUUUUACUUCUAAGCUUCAAUUAUUUAGUUAUCUAUGUUAUAAAAUAUGUAUUAGUUUUGGUACUUUAAAAUUGUUGUGACAUUUAUUCUUAUUUUUACUUAUGA